AUGAAUCCAAUUAACCCAGUCCAUUUUUGGAGUAUUUUUCCGAAAGAUGACGGUGAAAUAGUGACUAUACGUAAAAUUCAUUUGACCAACUUGUAUAAUUUACUUUAUUUGUCUCUUCAGUCACAAAAUUAUUGUCGUGCUAAUCGAAUAGUUGAGAUAUUAUUAAGGAGUGGUGAUUUAGACAUUAGACAAAUUUGGAAGGCUUCGAUUGAAGUUUUAAAACAAUUAGGCAAUACACAGAAAGAAUGCGUUGAUUUUUUUAAUUUAUUGCUAAUGAGAACAAAGAUGCAAGACGUAAAUAUACUUUUAGAAUUGAUUUUCUACCAAAUAAAACACUGUGAUCCAAAUGAAGCACUUGCUACGCUUGAAAUAUAUUUACCGCAAGAACCAUAUUGUAAUAAUGCACUUUUUAAUGGUUAUGCUGGUUUGUUAACUUUUGCAUUACUGGGACAACUAGAAAAAUCAGAUCAAGACAAUGAUGUAGAUGGUGGGAAUGAGAAUGGGCAAAGUGAACCCAUUGAUAAUGAGAAAAUACGAUAUUAUGACUUGUGCAAAAGAUCGUUUGAAAAGGCUUUGGAUUUGGAUAUAACGAAUGACAUGUUUUUAGUAUAUUAUGUGAAAUUGUUAACAUCACAAAGGCUUGUUAAAGAAGCUUUAAAUGUCAUAAAAAAUUUUAAUAAAGAGAAUCCAAAUAUGAUAACAGGAAAACGACUUUUAUUCGAAGUUUUGUAUGAAUUUAAAAAAAAUGAAAAAGAAUGGGUUAGUGCUGGAAUAAUUUAUCAUAAAUUGGAUCCUGUGAGUCCACCAAAUAAAAUUUUAUAUCCUUUAAUAAACUAUUAUCAAUCAAUUAUAAACAAGACGAAAGUUUCAAAAAAAUCAUUGGCUGAUGCACAUUAUAAUAUUUUAGAAUUAUUAUUGACGAGAAUUGAAUAUGGAGACAAUAAGAUUAGAUAUGUAAAAGAUGCGAUAAAAACCACUCUGUUUGGGUUUAUUGCAUUUUGCACUGAGAAGUUAAUUUAUCAAAUAAAAAAGGCUAUACUCAAUCAUGAUGAUAAUGCUCUUGAGAAUUUAUUAGAGGUUGACGACAAAUUUGAUAAUGAUGAUAAUGAUAUUGAGAAAUUACCAGAUAUUGGUCAAAAUGGAAUGAAUCUUUUCUUGUUAUUAUAA